AGUGGGCUUUACAUCAAGACAGGAUGCGUACGUCUCUCCUUCUCCUCGCCUGUGUGGCCGCGACGCUGGCCCAGGACGCCCCGCCGGUCAAGAUCCACCUCUAUUACGAGUCCCUGUGUCCUUACAGCAUCGACUUCGUGAUCUCGCAGCUGUACCCGACGUGGACGAUCCUUAAGGAGAUAAUGGAGGUCGAGAUGUUCCCCUUCGGCAACGCGUCGUACCAACCCGAUGGCGACGGCUGGUCCUUCACCUGCCAACACGGCGCCGGCGAGUGCAAGGGCAACAUGAUCCACGCAUGCGCCAAGAACCACUUCAACGACAUCAACCUCGAGAUGGAGUUCGUAAACUGCCUCCUCUCGUCGACCUACCCGCCCAACGCCGGCGCCACGUGUGCCGCUCAGGUGAACGCCAACUGGGCGCCCCUCGAGCACUGCAUCAACUCCGUGGAGGGAGAGAACUUCCUUCACCAGGUGGCGCUGCAGCAGGAGCAACUCGACCCUUCCCUGUACUUCGUGCCCUGGAUCAUCGUUAAUGAUGUGUUCACCGAGGACCAGGUUGGAGAGUGCCAGACCAACCUGAAGAAGGUCGUCUGCGAGAAGUACACGGGGACGAAACCCGCUGAAUGCGAGGCUAUCUUGGCUGCCGGAAGACCUGCUGCAAAGGCCGUCACUUUUGCCUAAAGAAAAGCCCGGCAAACGCCUUUAUCCGAGGUUAAUUUCAGAAUAAAUAUACAAAAAAAAAAGUUUC